UGUCAAAGAGUUUAAUUAAUAAUUGCUUGUACCUAAGUGCUUGUUUUAUUUUAUCAGUGUCUUGUCUUGUCUUGACUCUUGACUCUUUAAUUUGUUCUUUUAGUCUAUGACUAAGUUUGUUGAACGGUCAAAAUAAAUAUUAAUGUUUUGUUGAAAAUAAGUCGUCGAAUGUUUGCAUUAUUUUUAAUCCUAAAAGUAAAUUGUGUUUUGUUACUUAAGCAGUUUAAGAUUUUAGAAGAUAUAUUUUUACUUUCAAGUUACAAUGGAAAAUAGUGUUACUUGGCCUUUUUUAUGGUCUUGUAAAAGACUGAAAUCAGAAUUUUCAAAUCUAUAUAAAAUACCUAUAAUCUCAGAUGGUUUCACAAUUGGACGUAGCAUGUCGAAUUCCAUAGUAGUGCCAUUCAUCGCAAUCUCAAGAAAUCACUGCAAAUUUAUAAAAGGUGAUAAUAAUGAAUGGAUUAUUGAAGAUUAUAGCACAUUUGGUGUUAAAGUCAAUGGUGUGACUCUAGGCAAAGGAAAUCAGAAAACUUUGUCUCAUAAUGAUGUUAUAUCUCUAGAACCAACUAAUGAAUUUAUGUAUAACUUUGUGAUUCCGUCACAAGACAAUGAAAACUAUGAGACACCUAGAAAACGUUUUAAAAUGGAGAACACUCAUGAUAACACAAUUAUUGAUGAUGUUAAAAUGAAGUUUGAAGAGUCACAAACAUUUGAAUUAAAACAUAUAGAAGAAAAGAUACAAAAUGCCAAACAAAUGCAAAAUACAUCGAUCAGUUUAAAAAAACAAUUACAAACAGAUAUGAACAGAAAAAUACAUCAACUAGAAAGUGAGUUUGCAUUACAAAUAGAAAAUUUAAAAGGAGAGAAAGAUGAAGUUGAACAGCAAAAGAUUAAACUCAUAGAGGAAAGAGAUAUGCAACUAGCUACAAUCAAACAUGACAUGGAACAAAAAAUUAGUGAACUCAUGGAACAAAUCCAGAAACACAAUGAAACUGAAUCAGAAUUACUAAAAGAAAAUAAUUCACUUAAAGAGAAACUCACAAAAGAACGGGAAGAGUUCUUGUCAGAGUUAAAUAGAGAAAAUACGUCAAAAAGAGAAAUGUUAGAAAAAUUAAAAGCAAAAUUGCGGGAACAAGAAGAGCUCCAGUUAAAAGAACGACAAAAUUUUGUAAAUAUGCUCCAGAAGGAAACAGAACAACUGCGAUUAGCUAAGGAAAAGGAGAUGAAAGAGUUAGAAGAGCAGAGAAUACAAAGAGAAAAUGAAUUGAAGGAAGAAUUAAAUAAAAUGAAAAAGAAUUUGGAAGAACAAAUACAACAAUCAGAACAAGAAAAAAUAAAAACUGAACAAUUACUUAAUGAGCAAAUGGAGUAUAUGAAAAAACUUAAUGAUGAAGAGCAAAUAAAAAUGAAAGAAUUGAUGACAGAAAGAGAAGAAUUACAAAAGAAAUAUAAUGAAGCUCAAUCUAGUGCCGAAAAAUCCCUUGAAGAAUUAAAGAUGCGCGUGACAGAGAGAGAAACAGAACUGGCCGCGUUAGCAGCAGAUCGAAUCCAAAAGCAGGUGGAACAGUCUAGUGCCGUCAUCAAUACAUUGCAAGAGCAACUUGAAAAGGUCACAAAUCAACUUCAAACAGUAGAAAGUGAAAGGAACACAAUACUAGAAAACAUUGCUGCUCCAUCUAAAGUCAUUGAACAGACAUCAAAAGAUAUGGUGCUUACAGAAAUGGGUGAGCUAAUGGAGAGUGAACUGCAGUGCAGUAUAUGUAACGAACUCUUUGUAGAAGCCACCACACUUAAUUGCUCACAUACGUUUUGCAAAUAUUGCAUUUCUGUGUGGAAAAAAAAGAAAAGAGAUUGCCCUAUAUGCAGAGCAUCAAUCACAUCGGAAUGCAGGAGUCUAGUUUUGGAUUCUUUCAUAGAGAAGAUGGUACAAAGCCUUAGUGACGAAAUGAAACAAAAAAGAAAAGAUAUAUUGGAGGGCAGGAAAGAACUCGAGUCGGAACAGGCCCGGCAGUCCAACGCUAACACCAGCCGAGGAAAUAGCAGCAGCUACAACUCGGCAGACGACGAAGAGUACUCCGAAUUCGCGGAGAGCGAGGAGGAACCAGAGGAGGACUACUUCUACGGCGACCGUGAUGGCGAAUACGGAAAUGAAUGGAACACCGAGAGUGACGAUAGUCGACUUGACAGUGACGACGCCUAUGGUGGUCGGGUCGGAGGUAAUAGUAGUAACAGAAGAAUUGCGGAGACAAUAGAAGGACUUCCCGAUGCUUACUACGGCGGCUACGGGCGAUGCUACUCGUGUGGUGCCCGCGGCCACUGGGCGCCCGGCUGUCCCUUUAGGUAACAGCCUAAGUCCGGCCAACGUGUCAACUUGUCGUGUUACAUACUCGGCCUACAAAGGCAGCGACUAUAAUUAUAUAAUGCCAUACAUUUGUCAUCUGGACAUGAUUGUGUCAUCAAGUGCUUCAGUUUUUUCAGUCUCAAGACUCAGUAAUUUUCGUUUAGUAGGUAUUGCAAUAGUGCAAUUUUAAAAGCAAAUUAUACCGCCUGUUAUAGUUUAUAGCAGUCAUCCAUUAAUUUUAAAUUUACUUUUGUAUAAAUGUGAUAGUGUGAAAUAUUUUAGUGUAAGCGCCGGUUUCACAGCCUCCAUAUAAUGCGACAGAUUAAUUUAUAUUUAUCUAGUACUUACAUACGUUGUAAUAUCUAAUCUAUCUAAGCUAAUCUAAUGGCUAUCCAGACAUUGUAAUACAGCACCUUAAUGUUAUACAUAGAAUGGUAUUAACUCGUCGAGUACCGGUUUUGUAGACACAAUUAUAGAACAAUAGGUUGCGGUCACCGGUGACCGCUUGGUGUUUGACAGUUUAAAAGGCCAAAAUUCGUAAUAAAAUAAUCUCUGGCACAAUUUCUACAGAAACGUGGUUAGAAUGAGUUAACAUGUGCUUUUGAAAUCUUUACACCCGAAGUAAACCUCGGCACCUGGUUAAAACCAAGUAUUGCUGAACUUUCUAUACAAAAGUCAGUUUAUUCCAAUUCCACUCUUGAGGAUCCAUAUACAAUUUUCACUUAUUCCUAGUAUUGGUAGAAAUAAAAAUGAACAAAAGCACCAUUCCGCGUAACAACUCAUUGAAACCAACGAUUCUUUUUGUUACUGAGUAACAAAGUGCAAUUUAUCUCGGUUACACGCUCAAUACCACAGUUUUCACUUUUCAUGUAGGUACAUACCAUUAUGAAUCUUUAUUCUUUAUUUAAAAAAGUAUUUCGUUGCGUUGGUCAUUGACCAAUGGACCUCAUAUUAUAAUAAUAUGUAGGUAUAGUAGGUAUCGGAAAUCUGUGAUGAAAUUUUACAAUGUCAAAUAAAAAUAUGACACAGAUUUUUCGUUACUUGCCUGCUUUUAUUAUAUUAAUUACGACCCGCCCCGGCUUCGCACGGGUGCAAUAUGCAUUUAUUAUACAUAUAAAUUUUGC